AUGGCACAAGAUCAUGAGACUUACAAGCUUGGCGACUGGGAACUCCAAAGCGGGGAGAAAAUCAGCGAUGCGCAUAUCGCGUUCAAGACAUUUGGAGAUCCCGGCUCACCAGCCAUCUUGUACCCAAGCUGGUUUUCAGGAUCGCUUUCCGAUAACUUCUGGCUGAUCGGAGAAGAUAAAACUUUGAACCCGAAGAAGUACUUCAUAAUUGUCACUGGUCUUUUCGGCAAUGGUCAAUCUUCAUCACCAUCUAAUCAGCCAACCCCUACCCCAUUCCCCAAGGUGUCGUUCUAUGAUAAUGUCCGGGCGCAACAUGAACUGGUAACCAAGCACUUUGGCAUCACACAUCUGCGUGCGGUAGUCGGGUGGUCUAUGGGAGCUGGGCAAACUUUCCAGUGGGCAACCCAGUAUCCAGAAUUUAUGGAUCUCGCAGCACCAUUUUGUGGGUCGGCAAAAACCUCCUUGCAUAACCAAGUGUUCCUCGAGGGAGUGAAAAGCGCCCUUCUUGCGGUCAAGAAUACCGCAUCCGCUGGGGCCGGGCUGAUCGGAGUCCAGGGGAAAUCGUCUGAGCUCCGAACUUGGACUGCCGAGGAGAAAGAUAUCGGUCUCAAGGCCAUGGGUAGGGUUUAUGCUGGAUGGGGUUUCAGCCAGGCCUUUUAUCGACAAAAGCUGUAUGAGGCUGUUCUUGGGUACAAAGGACUCGAAGACUUCAUGCAAAAUUUCUGGGAAAAGUGGGCUUGCUCAAAAGGUUAUUACCGUCUCCCCAGUUUGGACUUCCUGUCUUGGUGCUCACUUAUAGUCAUAGAUCCUGAAAACAUUUUGGUCAUGCUCCAGACCUGGCAGAAUGGCGACGUUUCCAACCAAGAACCAUACAAUGGAAAUUUUGAGAAAGCCAUGGCAUCCAUCAAGGCGAAGACUCUUGUUUUGCCGUCAAAGACAGAUCUUUAUUUUCCACCAGAGGAUUCGGAGUAUGAGGUCGCAUGUAUGACACCAGGGGUUGGAAAACUGGAUGUUUUCCCCUCUAUUUGGGGACAUUGGGCAGGAGGACCUGGAGACAGUGAAGAGGAUGUGAAGUGGUUGGAUCAGCGACUUGGGGAAUUAUUUGCGGAGGACCAGCCGCGUGGCGUUGCAGGCUUGGUAGAGAAGAUUAAAAAAGUGCUAUGA